AUGACGGGUGGUGGAUCGGAUGAUGAUACUGCUAGGCAGCUUAGGGCGUUACAAAGAACGAAAACGAUUGCCAUCAUAUCCCGUGACGCUACUGUUAACCGUAUCCAGGCCAUACACGAGCUAUCCAAACAAGUUACCACUAAUCCAGAUUUACGUAAUGAAUUUUUAACUGCUGUGGGGGAUCUAGAUUCGUUGUGGGAAAGGUUUGUGGCCGAUAAUCAAGCGGUUCUUUAUGCUCUGUUGGACCUGGGUUUGUCUGUUGAAUUCUCGCUGACAAAGGAAACUGAAGUUCGCUCCCUAUACAUACAAGCAAUCGCUGUGGCAGAAACACUAAGACCAACGCAGAUAGGUGAUGAUAACGUUAGUCAGGUAGAAUCUACACGUUCUAAUCGGUCCGAUGGUAACAAUUGUUCAGGUAGACCGCGUUUGCCAGAAAUACCAUUGCCCACGUUUAGCGGUGACCUUUUAGAUUGGCCUGUUUUUCGAGAUCGGUUCAAUGCGCGCGUAGUCGAACGCACUGACCUGUCUAACAUUGACCGAUUUUAUUAUCUGCUAGGUUGCCUCAAGGAUGAGGCUCUUCAUAGCAUUCGCAAUAUUGUUGUAUCUGAUGCUACAUAUGAUCUAGCGUGGACCACACUUGUAGAACGUUUUGAUAAACCUCGUCAGCUGGCCUCCUUAAUCGUCGAUAAAUUAAUAUCGAUACCAGCUCAGUCUCAGGAAUCGUUAGUCGGGUUAAAGGAUUUCUUAACAGUGUUCUCUGACCAGGUUUCGACACUUGAAUCUUUGAACAUCCCUGAUCUAGGUGAGUUUUUGUUGUUCUCGCUUUCCGCACGAUGUCUGCCUCUGUCUACCCGUAAAGGAUUCGAGGCUGUCAAUAGGAACGAAUUCCCUACGGCAGCUGAUGUUGUAACUUAUGUCAAAAAUCGUGUGUCUAUUUUGGAAGCUGUCAACUUCACCAGCACUUCACAUCGUCCACCAGCACCACAGGAACGACCUAAACCCUCUCUACGUCGUCACGAUGAAAAACGGUCCAAGGUAACCCUGCACACUUCAAGGCUGUCGAAUGAUCCGGCAUUAAAAUGCUUGUUUUGUUCUAAAGACCAUUCGUCAGUCCAAUGUCCAAAUUUUGAAGGUUUGUCAAUGGACGCCCGUUACCAGACCGCCCGUGACAAAAAGGUGUGUUUUCGUUGCUUAAAUUCAACACACUGGUCAAACCGUUGCAAGAUUAACAAGCCGUGUGACAAGUGCUCUGGUCGUCACCAUUCUCUCCUGCACAGGGAUUAUCAAGAAACUGAGAAACGAACGCCGCCACAAGUAUCAAUGGUCAGCGCGCGGGAUACGUCUACAGUACUAUUGGGAACUGCUUUGUUGCAUGUCCGAGAUCAUGCCGGUUGUAUGCAGCAGGUGCGUGCUCUCAUUGAUUCCGGAUCACAAAUAAGCGUCAUGUCAACGUCAUGUGUUGAACGGCUGGGCUUAAGGCGAGUGAAAUGGACCGCGCCUCUCACAGGUGUAUCCGGUGUUGCAGUUUCCAAUGUCGACGGUUUGGUCAAGUGCAUAAUUGCCCCUCGAUAUGACGACCACCGUAUCCACGUCAGUGCUUGGAUCCUUCCGAAAAUCACCGGUAAUAUGCCUAUCUGUCCUCUCGCACCUCAAGUCAAACAGCACUUUAGUCACUUAGCGCUUGCAGACCCAGGAUUCGACCGUUCCGACCCCAUAGAUUUACUUUUGGGUGCUGAUGUGUACUCCCAGGUCAUGGACGGUAAACGAAUUGUCAUCAAUGAUUCGUUGCCUGCUGCUUUCGGGUCCUUGUUUGGCUGGAUCAUUAUCGGCCCUGUUCAGGGCUCUGUGUCUCAAUCGUUCCAAUCUAAUGUUGUGUCACUUACCAUCUCUUUAGAGACCAUCAUCCAACGGUUUUGGCAAGUGGAAGAGCCGGACGAAGUUCCAGACACAUUCACCAAGGACGGUCAAUGUGAAAGUAUUUACAUUUCGGAACGGACACGUGAUUCUAUGGGACGAUUUGUAGUUCCACUACCAUUUUUAAAUGAACACCGGUCCGAGACGUUUCCCGGUUCCAGACAAAUAGCUGUGCGCCGCUUUCAGAAUCUGGAAAAGAAGCUCCAAGACAAUGACACCUUAGGCCAAGCAUACAGACAGUUUAUGCAUGAGUAUGAAUCGUUGGGACAUAUGUCCAUUGCCCCUUGUCCAGGUUCAUACUUCAUACCCCAUCAUCCGGUGUUUAAGGGCUCGCUAACUUCGAGCAAGAUACGAGUUGUUUUCGAUGCAUCUGCCACGGCAUCAAACAAACUUUCGCUAAACCAAUGUCUGCAUACCGGCCCUAAGUUGCAACAAGAUAUCAUCGAUAUUCUUCUACGGUUCCGGGUACACAAGUACACUUUCACUGCUGAUGUAUGUAAAAUGUACCGCCAGAUUCUGGUACAUCAACAAUACCGGUCAUUUCAACACAUACUUUGGCGGGCGUCAACAACGGACGAACUGAAGGAGUAUCAGCUUAACACGGUCACCUAUGGCGUGAAUUGUGCCCCCUACUUGGCCUUAAGAGUGCUUCAAGACAUAGCUGAACAAGAGGGCAGUGACUUUCCGACAGUCAAAGAUGCGUUGUUGCAUCAGACAUAUGUCGAUGACGUGUGUGUCGGAGCUGAUACUUCCAAUGAACUCGUAAAGUUGCAGUCAGACUUGCAAUUAGUCCUGGGCCGCGCCGGUCUGGACCUCAAAAAAUGGUCAAGUAAUUUGCCAUCUAUAUUGUCAGCCGUGCCGUUGGAGGACCGUGCUUCUGACGUCAUUCAUUUCGACGAUAAGGAGGGUGGUGUGACAAAGGUUUUGGGUCUUCAAUGGAAUCCCUCGAUGGAUGUGUUCGGAUUCAACGUAUGUCCAUCAUCACACACUCCAACCAAACGUACUGUUCUGUCCAUCAUCGCGAGAAUUUAUGACCCGAUCGGAUUUCUCGCUCCAGUCAUAUUUUAUGCUAAGCAUAUCAUGCAAAGGAUUUGGAAGGCAAAUGUAUCCUGGGACGACCCUCUACCACCAGAUUUGGUCAAUUGUUGGUCCGUGUUUGUCGACAGUCUCCCGGCACUAUCAAAUGUAAAGGUUCCUCGUUUCCUAGCCACGCAAUUGCAGUCUCGCGUUCAGUUGUGCGGCUUCUGCGAUGCGUCAGAAAAGGGUUACUCGGCAGUAGUGUACUUGCGUACAGUCACACACAAUCACUCUGUCUCUAUUUCGCUACUUGGAUCCAAAACCAAAAUGGCCCCUGUAAAGACUUCCACUGUGCCUAGACUCGAGUUAUGUGCCGCUGUCCUACUUGCUCGGUGGCUGUACCGCCUUCUGACGAUAUUACAGGAUAAACUGAACGUAGACUCUACCUUUGCUUGGUCUGAUUCACAGAUAGUUUUGUCCUGGUUAGUCAAACCUCACUCUAUGUUCAAAGUGUUUGUCUCCAAUCGUGUGCAUCGAAUACAUACACUUCUUCCACAUUGCCAAUGGGGAUAUGUUCGCUCUGCCAUCAAUCCUGCGGAUUGCGCCUCCAGGGGAAUGCUACCUUCCGAGUUGAUUAGCCAUUCGUUGUAUUGGUGUGGCCCGAAAUUUUUAUAUGCUAAUGUCGAUACUUGGGACACGUCUCCAACUCCCAUCCCGGUGGAACAAUUACCUGAUACUAAGAUCGUAUCCCUUACCGUAACUGUCAGUGAACCAUCUGAAUGGAUUUGUCGAUUUUCCUCGUAUGACCGCAUGCUUCGUGUCAUAUCGUGGGUACGACGUUUCAUUUUUCGCUGUAAGCGUAAGGAGUACCCACUCGCCUUCUUGCAGGCAUCUGAGCUUCAGGAGUCACUUGUCAGUAUUGUCCGAGUAUCUCAGCGUCUAUUGUUGUCUGGAUUGUUCAUCACCCUGGAAUCGGACCGAACUCCAUCACGCUCAUACGCUCGUCUCCGCCCAUUCAUUGACUCCAACGGACUGAUCCGCAUCGGCGGGAGACUACAUCACGCCGAUCUACCUACUCUUCAGAAGCAGCCCAUGCUGUUACCCAAGACGUCACACUUAGCCAAGCUGAUCGUCCGACACUGGCAUUUAGUUACGUGUCAUUCUGGACCCAGGGUUAUAACCGCUUUGAUAACCCGUAACUUUUGGAUAAUGUCAGUUCGUGUUGUCAUUCGUCAGACUAUUGGGUCAUGCACCACCUGUGUUCGAGCUAUCGCUCAAUCUCCGCAACCUCUGAUGGCAGAUUUGCCUGCAGCCCGCGUUCAAGUAUGUCAGCCUUUCUCCAAAGUCGGAAUCGACUAUGCCGGCCCCCUUCCGAUGAGAGAAUGCCGCCUACGGAAGCCUAGAGAGUACAAGGUCUAUAUAGCUGUUUUUGUUUGCAUGGCUGUCAAAGCCGUUCAUCUGGAGCUCGUUCUUGAGCUAUCUACUGACGCAUUUUUAGCGGCGUUCGAUAGGUUUGUAGCUCGUCGUGGUCUGCCUCAAGAAAUCUUUUCCGACUGCGGUACCAACUUUGUUGGCGCGUCAAAACGGCUAUCCAUACUGGUCAAUCAUCCAGAAAAUCGUGACCGGUUGACAGCUCGCGCUCCCUGUUCUUGGAACUUUAACCCCCCAGCGGCACCACAUUUUGGAGGUCUCUGGGAAGCCGCCGUACGUUCAACCAAAACUCUGUUGUCCAGGGUAAUGGGGUGUCACCAUCCAACCUUGGAGGAACUAUCAACCGUGCUCUGUCGAAUCGAAGCUGUCCUCAACUCACGACCGCUCACGCCAAUGUCUUCGUCCCCAUUGGACUUGGACUAUUUGACACCAGGUCAUUUUUUGAUUGGCCGGCCGUUGCUGUCUGUGCCAGAUCUGCCGAUGCCAGAGACUUCUAGCAAAUCGGUUCCUCGUUGGAAGCUUCUCCACCAAUGCCAUCAGGCGUUCUGGCGUCGGUGGUCCGCCGAAUAUUUAUGCUCUCUGCAAGUGCGCAACAAAUGGACUAAGAGCAGCCCAAAUCUUAAGAUAGGCGAUAUGGUCGUAGUAAAAGACAAACAGCUGGCUCCCACCCACUGGCGCUUAGGACGCAUACUAAGUGUCAACCCAGGCGUUGACGGCGUGGUUCGUGUAGUCCGAUUGUUAACUUCACAAGGGGAGUUAACUAGACCUGUGGUUAAGUUGGUACUGUUACCUACAGAAUAG